CGGCGACAUUAUCCCUUCACCUUGACAGCAUUCACAGCUGGGACCCUUGUUGCAUAUUGCUGCCACUAUUGACUGCUCUUCCGAUAUUAUCUUGCAUUCUGAAACAUUUCUCUCAUCUCGUAUUUACCGAGUCCCUUAAUCAUCGCCUCCUCCCACCAUCAAUUCACCAACCUUUCUAGACUUCUACGCCCCCUCUACCUCUACUCUACUCUAAUCUUGCAAGUAAGAGUCUCGGCUCUAUCGUCUGUUUUAGCCUUCCGCACCGCUUGUGGGUCGUCGUCAUGGCGACUCCAAGCAACAGCAGCCUCACCGAUGAGGUUCUAUCCUCCCCCGAUCCCCUCAAUGCCUCACGCGACUCGGCCCUUCUACCCUCCUCCCGUCGCGUCACUCGCAGCCAGCGUUCCCAGAGGUUCAUGUCCCUCGGCCGGAGCAGCUCUCCUCGGAAGCAGAGCUUCUCGCUUCAGAUUGGCGAUUCCCGUACGCCGCAGCGCCUCUAUGUCACCGUCGAGGCCGAAGGAGGCGAGGAGGUCAUGGCCAGCGGAGGGGAAAACAUAGCACGUAAACUCUUCCAGCCACCGACCUACGACUUCGACUUGAACGCGCGCAAGAGUGGCGGCUCCACUACCGUCGCGUCAACCACCAGCGUUCCCCUUCGCGACGGGGAUGCCCAAGGUGCCAUCACCCCGAAGCGCCGCGGUCGCCCCAGGAAGGACGCGAGUCCCAUGAAGCAGACCCCCGGCCGACGCAAGAGUAAGACCGACGGCUCUCCGGCGAAACGGACACCUGAUCGAGCCAAGAACGUCAAGGCCACUGGAUCAGACGAGAGGUCCGCGCCCACCCCGAAGAAGACAGAGACACCCCCGCGUCGACAAAGCACCAAGGCAACGAUGCCUCAAGACGAGCAAAUAUUCAACUCAAACAAUCUAUCCCCACCCCAAUCGACUGCGACUGCGACUGCGACUGCGACUGCCUCCACGAAGCAGACCCGUAAACGCAAAGCGGAUUCGGCGGCCGAGGAUGAGACGCCCUCCUCCGCCCAGGCUACCAAACGGGCCCGCGGUCGUGCCCGCCGGCUGGCUUUGGUCCCCGAAGACUUCAACGAACUUAUCGAGACGAACGGUACCCCCGAGACAAGCCUCCGCCAGACCACACCGAACGAGAACACCAACCAUACCGAUCAUGUUGUUGUUGCUGCCAAGGACGAACAUGAGAUGCAUACCGCAGUGGAACCAAGAAUCGAAUACGAAGAUUUGCUUCCUCCGUUACCUGUGGAAACGGAGCAGGAAAGGGAACAGGAACCGUCACAGAAUGACGAGAUGGAUGGCCGUGUUUCUCGGGAAGCGGCUCAAGAGGCCAGAUAUACGGCGGGAGGGCCUUCCCAUGAGUUCACUCGGGAACUAUCUCAAAACCAUACCGCAUCUGAGCCAGACCUCUGGCUAGCAUUGUCCGACGAAGGGGGGCCCUCAGCCGCCGCCGAUGACGAACAUUCCGAACCCCGCCCUGGAGCUGAAGAUGAAGACGAAGACGAAGACGAAGACGAAGACGAAGCUGAAGCAGAGGCAGAGGCAGAGGCAGAGGCAGAGGCACUCGGCGAGCCUCGCUCGGAAACAGAGGAUGCUCUUGUCAGCGAUACCAUUGAACGUGCCUCGGAAGGGCUUCCCACUGACGACACCGUUGCCCAAGGCGAAGACUUCAGCAUGAUCUUCGCCCAUUCUAUUCCCUCUCUGCGUGGAAAUGCGAGCUUCCAGCCCCUGGAAACCCAUGACUUUGGUGAAGCGACGAGCCUCAUCAUCAACCGAACCUUGGAGGAACUCCGACAGUCAUUAAACGGAAACAAUUCUCAAGUUGAGGCGGACGCCGAAAGCUCCACUACCAAUCGCGACGGGGCUGGAGCUGGCGCCGGCGCCGGCGCCACUGCGCACGACUCCCCCGAAGACGUUUCCGCAAGCACCGAGAGCUCCGGAAGCCCUGAUAACUCCAUCCGAGAUGAUGGAGAAGACGACGCUAUUUUGAGCCCCGUGGAAGAUGACGAAGGUGGAUUCCAGAGUCCGUUCCGAAACAGCGUCGAGGGACCCUCACGGCAGAAUAGCCUUCAUGAGACUGUAGACGAGUCGCCUAUCAAACUUCCGGAACUCCCUCCCUCCUCCGCGCCGUUGCCCGUUGACGACAUGACGGCGAAGAGCAGCUCUCCCCUCCCGAACCGACUUACACCGCGGUCCAAGAAGGACAUUCCUCUGAGCCAGCGACUAUUUAAAUCCAAAGCACUUCAGGCCCAAAUGAGCGCCGCGGUAAACUCGCCAUUGCACCCCAGCUCCGACGCCGAUGUCGGUGUGAGAUCCGACGAUUCUUGGUCCAGCGUACCCGAGGACAUAUUGACGCGCAUGGCCCCAGGUUAUGAAUCCCCGAGGGGAGCUGAACCCGAACCCGAACCCGAACCUGAACAUGAACAUGAACAUGAACACGAGCAUGAGCAUGAAAAUGACCGUGGACAUCAACAUGCACACCCUCAACAGGACGCCAAGCCUGCUCCUACUCCCGGCUCACAUCCGGAGACAGCUCAUCGCUCACCCACUCUGUCCGAGGAAGCUGCCACAUACGCGGAUGAUUCCUUUUCCACCAUUCCAGGCGAGGUGCUAGAGAGAGCAGUUCCCACCUCACCAUGCUUACCCGAUAUUUCGUCGCGGCAUGGCGGAGAGCACGAGUCGCCCGACAGACUGGCGCAAAGGUCGCCCACGCUGUCGGAAGAGGCUGCUGCCUACGACAAUUCGUUUCCCUCGGUUCCAGAAAAGGUGCUGGAGCGAGCGGCCACCGGGUUGCCACUACACUCAGAUGCGACUGAAGCUGAAAGGGCCAUUGAGACGCCGGCUCAAGAUCGUCAUGCAGAACCUCCGGUCGAAGAGAAACCCAUGUCGGAAUCGAACCAGGUGGGCUCUCAGUUGUUGGUUCCUCGGUCUACCGAGUCUGGCUCUCGGCCAUCUCUUUCGCCCAUCGUCAGAGCUGGACGGGCUCUUCAGAGCGUGACAUCCGACGCGUCGUCUCCUCCCUCCCGACAGCAAUCGCUCGGAAGCCCUUUCAGGGCGAGCACCAACGCAAAGCCCGUGCCCGUGCCCGUGCCUGUGCCUGUGCCUGUGCCUGCUCCGGCCAUGCAAACAACGACGUCCCAACAAGGGGGUCAUGUAACAGAUGAGGAGGAAGAUAUCUGGGGCGUGGAGGCUCGUAGGGAGACCAACCAUGGGCGUCUCCGACAGCAACCUUUCGGUAAACACCGGACCGUGCAUAAGCCACGGCCACACUCUGUUCGGGCUUCGUCUAGCCAGUCUAGCAGUAGCAUGGACCAGAAGAAGCCAGGGAGGCCUGGUCUCCUGAAUCGUCUGAGUAUUCCCACUCCCUGGAAAAAUCAACAACAAGGCAAACCUGCUCCGACGCCCGCCACGGCCCGCUCAAAUGCGAAGGAUAGCACGUUUGGGGGUUAUUCCAUUCUAUCACAAAACAAAACCAGACAAACUCCUCUCGUCAACGCCCAGGAUAAUGGUCAAACGUCGAGACGGUUCGAUUUAUCUGCUUUCUUCUCGUCCCCCGCCCUCUUGCCCGGCAUGGAAAACGCACAGGCCGUGCUAAAGAGGAAGAGAGAGAGCAUGGCGGUACAAGAACAAGAGCACGAGAAGGAAGACCGGCCCUCUGCGAAGCGCCCGCACGUCCUGCAGACGACUACCAUGUUCCCGGAGGCCCGGCGCGACUCCCCGGCCGCCCCGGCGCGGGACCCAGUUCGCAACGGCGGCAGCAGACUCAUGUCCCGCGAGGACAUCCGAAAGUGGCAGCAGCAGAGUUCGGCGGUAGAGGAGUCCUCAUCCCCCGACACCCCGACGCGGAUCGUGCGCCCUCUACCCGAGAGGAACGCCUCGCCCACCAAGUCAUGCCUGCGCUCGCCCCUCAAGCCGCGCACGCCAGGGCGGGUUGUCGUUUUCGACAAGGAGGCUCUUUCGCCCGUUGAACAGGCGCGGGUGCGGCAGGAGAAGCAAGCUGCCGCGGCGGCUGCUGCUCGCCAGGCUGGGAUUGAAAGACGACUGCGGGAAUCGGCGGGUCAAGGUCAAGGGCAAGGGCAAGGGCAAGGGCCGCCCGUGGUGGUUUCAUUCGCGCCGCCGAGAAACGAGGACGAGGACGUGGAGAUGACCGAUGUCUCCGACUACGCGGAAGAAGAAGAAGAAGAAGAAGAAGAAGAAGAAGAAGAAAGGAGCGAGGAAGAGGAUGGUGCUGAGGAGGUACCCGCCCCCGCCCCAGCCCAGUCGACCCAGAGGGGGCAGAGGCUUCGGCUUUCCAAGGUGGUCUGGACGAGGGACCACUGGAUCCGCAUGGACGAGCUGGUCCAGGAGCGGCGCAAGGGACCGUUCCGGUUCGAUUUCCCGGCCGACUUCGAGUCCGAGUCGCGCUGGCUGGUGGGGCAGACCAUCAGCUCGCACGGCGAAAAGUUGGUGCUCAACCCGUGGCACCUGAGCAUCAUCGACGCGUUCAAGGUCGAUGUGGGUGGGGUGUGGGACGAGCUCACGCUGGCUCGGAGGCUUUUUGGCGUCAUUGUCGCCGAGGGACUGCGGAAGGAGGGGCGGCAGCCCAAGGUUCCAUAUGCCCAUCGGCGUCGGCGUUGAACUUUUACAUGCCAUGGGUUUCUUUUUUAUUUAUUUAUUUCUGUUCCUCUCUACGAUGAUUCUAUACCGGGCCAGCAUUGGGGAUGGAGGAUUGGAUUUCUCUGCAUGGUCAGGAGUUACAGCAUGCCAGCCACGGCGGAUUGCUGCCAUUGUAUCACCAGGUUACCAAUCGCCCGGUGUGUUGGAUCAAGGUCGGAAAGGCGGCCAUGGCGUUUUAGGGAGGUUUUAUCACGAUUAUGACGACCCAUAAUGAAUAUGUCGGGCGAGAAAGCCCUGAUUUGUUUUUGGUGCAGAGAGUGGGAAAGGCCUCACGGGGUGUGUAGAUCACCAGUGGCAUGGUCGCAACGACGUGUUACC